AUGUUCGUCGAGAUGAGUGUUUGUGACAGUCCAAAUAAAAGUUCCAAGCUGGACAAAAAGUCCUUGACUCCUUUCAAGAAGGUGCGUCGCAAAAAUUGGAAGCAGGAGGCGGUCUACAAGAGUGAUAUAAGCAAGGGCCAGGAGGUGUCUUAUGUGGGUGAAAGGUUUAUACCCAAGCGUUUUAAUCGGGACAGUAUUGAAUUCAACCUUAAGUACAUUGGCAAGCGGGAAGAGCGGGACAUUCUGGAAACGGGUGAGACUUUGACGGCUAGUUAUUGGCGUCAGAGCGGCUUUAUAGCCAACAUUAACAGGACCUUCGGGAUCCAGGAGCGCCGGCUGCUUCAGUUCUGCAGUCUACAGGGAACGCGAUCCACGGUUGGCGACAGUGACUCCGCGGACUCCGACUGGCCAUGUAAUCCCCGGGCGCGUCCACAUGCCAUCCAGAAUGCCACCCAUGAGAUGCCCGGCAUCUGCAGUCCCGUCGACUACAACAUGAUGGACUGGUCCUCCGGCGGCAUGGUGGCCAUGUCCUCCGGCCAGGACAUCAUGCUGUGGCGCAACCUGGACGAGAGCACCAUGCUCUUCAGCGUUGAGUCGCCCACUGCCCUGAAAUACUCGCCAGAUGGCAAGUACCUGGCCAUCGCCUGCAUGGAUAGGAAUUACCCAGUCCUGGACCUCUGGGAGGUAAGAUCGACCAUGGAGUUCCUGGUCUCCUAUCGCAAGCUAAUCUUUAGUUCCUGGGGCUACGUAAGUUGCAUUGAGUGGUCGCACGAUGGCAAGGAGCUCACCUGUGGCACCCAGUGCGGCAUCAUCGUCGUGCUGGCCAUGCCCAAGCUGCGGACUCUGAACCAUUUGCGCGAGCACCGCCACAAGGUGAACAAAAUCAAGUUCGAUCCCACGCGAAAGUAUUUCGCGUCUAGCGAUACGGAUGGUACCAUCUUUAUCUUUGACGCCGUGCUGAAGGUUCGCCUGCUGAAGCUGGGCGGCAAAUCCAUACUCUUCGACUGGCAUCCCUGGACCGGCGAGGAUUUAGCUGUUGCGGAGCGUAGUCCUGCCUGCGUUUUCAUCUUCAACAUACCGCGGCGGCAAUUUGUGGCCUCUUACAGGCGCAGGGACGACAGGAUAGUUAUAAAGACAAUAACUUUUAGCAAGAUCACGGGAGAGUUGCUGGUCAACGUUAUUCGACGUGAUGAAUCGGACUUUGCCAUCUGCGAAAUCUUGGUCCUGGCCUCGUUGAAUCGAGUUGUGGACCUGAUGUCCCACCAGGAUCGCGGCACCUUGUUCCUGAUGUGGAAUCCAGAUGGAACGAACAUUGCCACCGGCGGCCUGGAUGACACCUUUUCACUGUGGAACUUCUUUCCCACCCACAAACAGAAGGCCAUACUGCGAAAACAGGAGCAAAAGGCCAAGGACAAUUGCAGCUCCUUGAGCCUGUUUAAGGGAAUUCGUUGAAGAGUUUAGGGUUUAUAUUUUUU